GUGAGUUACAGCCUGGACAGCUAGCCCAGACCCAGCUAUCUCGGCGCUUCUGGAUUGACCACAAUGGCUUCUCUUUCGCCUACUCCGUCCGACCACUGUGGUACAAGCUUCAUUCCGAUGUCGAUUGAUUCUGAUAUUACUGGAAAAGGGGUCGUGGCAAACUACAUCGGGACUGCCGGCUUUGCGGUCCUACUCAUUAUCGUAUACUUCCUCGUGGUAUAUGACCCGUUGCAGGAUCCUUUUAGAAAGCCACAUCAAGACGCUUCGCAGUCAUCAUUUCGUCCAAAUCCGGUAGACGUGGUCUUCUUGCGGCUUGUGAGGGAUACAUGUACACGCAUCUUCCGUUGGCGCCGUCGCAGUGUUAGCGCAAGAAUGGAGCGAAUUUUUAUCAAAUGUGCCAUGGCAAUGGGUGACCUCCAGAUUCUGACUGGCUUGUCGAUUCUCGUCAGCGGAUACAUUCAGCUCUCCAACGGUCUCUCAUCGUAUCACUGGAUGGUCAUUAUCGACUUGGCCUGGUUUUCGUGUCUCACUCACUUGGCUUGCUUGACGCUUCUCCGCAAUUUCCUCUACAAUCACCCUCUUCAACGGACAGUCCGCCUUUUCUUCAUGGGUGUCCUGGCCAUACUCCUAGUCGUGGGUCUCUCAUUUACGAGUCGCUACACAUGGGUCUCUUUUGACUACUACACCAGUCUCACAGAGUUCAUGGCUGGUCCACCUUUCUCAUCGUAUCCCGAUCCGGUGGCUAUUACCUACCAUGCCACAUGUCAGAUUCCAAAUACUACGAAGGACCCCGACUGGCAAUACCUGUCAACAGUUUUCUCAAUCGUUUUGAUUGCUAUGGGCCUUUUGAGCAGGGUAAUAAAAUUGUAUAGAUUCAUUUCCGUCGGCGUAUGCGCUCGGCUUAGAUCCUGGGUCAGUACUCGAAUACGACGCUACUUACGAUGGGUUUUCUCUCGGUGCUGCUUCAACAAGUCACCUAGGAGUCUCAGUCGUACGCUCAUCUACCGUCCCCUGCUGGCAGUCUUUGUGGUGGCAGAGCUAGGCCUAGACUGGUGGUCUUCAUUUCUGCUAGAAGUAAGACGUUCGAGGGUGCACUUCCUUAUCAUACUCUAAUAGCAAAUAGGUAGGCUACUUAGCUUUUGGUUUUGUGUGGGGAAUCUUGC